AUGACAACGCCAGCCCCACGUGGGUGGCGGCACUCGUCCGCACCGCCACCUUCCGUCUCUCGUCGCGGGCCGUCGUCGUCGUCGCUACUGUGGGGGUGGGGAGACAGCAGCGGUGAGGACACCCAUCGUGGCGUUGCCACAGCCUCCACAGAUGCCGCGACAGCAGCAUCGCCGUCACCGUAUGAGCCGUGCGGGGGGAGAGACACGCGUGUGUGGGAGGCGGACUCUGCACGCGACUCUUAUGUGAACAGCGCCUAUGCGUCGCGUCCAGUGCCGUCAGUGCUGUCGGCGUCCCAUUCACCUCUCGCGGCCCCCGCGCCGCGCCGCGACACCGCCUACGAAGAGGUGAGGGAGGAUCAGAGCUCACAGUCGUGGCGCCAGCCGCUGCGACGCCCACCGCUGGCACCGUCGUCUCCAUGCGCUGGCUCGACAACCACGCCGCUGACCGUUUCUGCUGACCGUGCCCUGCAUCAUGUCGAGCCAGUUGAAGUCGUCAGCUGCCACAACGCCGACGAGCACGCAGCCAACGUCCACCGCAUCGCACACUACCUAAAGAACUACUACGCCAGGGAGGCGGGAGAGAUGGAGCGCGGUGUAGAGUCGUUGAGUGCCGAGGACGUGGCCGGGCUGGCGCAGUGCUUUUACAUCGACCUCUACCGUACAGUGCGGCAGGCGCGGCGGGAGGCAGGGAUGGAGACGUCGUCCUUCCUGGUCGAAGACCCGGCGGAGAACGUCAUUGCGAGCGUCGCACCAGUGCCGCCGCAGCGGGAGCGACACGGCAGUGACACACCGAAGCAGCAGCAGCAGCAGCGCGCCACCACAUCCGGUGCUCAAAAUCGGCUAGCGAGCAGCAGGGCGACCUCCGAUACGGGACCGACCUACCACGCGCCGAAUGCCCAGCUCGCCUUCAGCGGUGGUGGCACGCACCCAGUCCAGAUCAUUACGGCUCGGGUGCCAGCCUUUCGCAACGACGACAUCACCGCGGGCGACGGGUCCUCCGCGCUGGACCGUCUCAGGCCAUCAGCUGCGUCGUCUGUGUCACCUAUCGCCUCUAGCACGGCGUCUGCGUCGCGCGCUCACGAGGAGGCUCGCGUUCGUGUCAGUCCUGCGGGCCCGGCCGCCGUUGGUUCUGGUGCGCUGCCGCACGACUUAGACAACGAAAACACCGAGACCGUCUUCUCUUCGGCGCAGGCGGCCACGCCAUCGCCGCCAUAUCAACAUCUGCACCGCUCUGUCAACACCGCGGGAGCAGCGCCGUCGUGUGGAGCGGUGCAGCCCCACCCGUCGUCGUCUUUUCAACCGCAUGUGGUCUUUGGGGUAUCACAGCACCGUCCUUUUUCGGCGCCGAACGGGUUUGUUGCGGCGCCGGCGGAGCCCUCGUCGUUGCCUCGGCUCAAUCACAGCCAAGGUGACACGAACAACCGUGGACACCACCACCGCCAUGGGCGGCAAGAUGCGUCCCUGCACACUCGUGGGCGUCAUGUGCACAUGCGAGACGGGUACGUGGACAGCAGCAGCAGCAGCUCGGGCGAAGGCGGUGACCACGGUGGUGAGACGGGGAGGUGCGACGGCCGUAGCGACCGUGGCGGCGGUGCAGGCCGAGAGAAACUCGCGACAUCUCAGCCGUCAAGCGGCAUUGUCAAGCGACCUCUUAAAGAUCUCAUGCCGCUCUUGCGCUCUCGGGGCACUCUCGCUGUCAAGCACAUCCACAGCAGUCGCCGACCGCACCUACGCCUCUUCCAGAUUCUCGACUGCAUGGACACAUACUGUGGCAGCGAGGUCCUCAUGCCGCACUUCACCUGGGCGACGCCGGCGGAGGCGCACCAACACGAUCGACUGCCACAUGCAAGGCGGUCGAAGCACGGGGCCCCGCUGCCGACGGGGGUCUCCCUUUCCCAGGAGGAGGUGCCGUACGAAACGGCGCUGAACCUCAUCCACCUGGAGGCCGUGUACGUUGGCGCUGGACACGGCAUCGCUGAGACGUACAUGACACUGUUCCGUCGUGCCAAGUGUGGUGUCAACAGUUGCGGCAGCGAUUCCCCUGUCGACGGUGGUGCAGCGGUGGUCGAUCACGGAGGACGUCCCGUGGCAAACGGCAUGUGCGCCGUCUUCGUCUUCGCAUCCCGACCGGUGGCGGUGUCCUUUUUGUGCGAGAACGACCGGCAGGCGUGGGUGGGUGCCAUGAUGGGUGUGGUGGAGCGCAACCGCACCUUGACGGCGUGA